AUGUCCACAGAACCCCUCCAACCUCCAGUACCUUUUGCUGACUUUGAGUUCUCCUUUGAUCCUUCGCUCUCAAAUCUCUUUCCAAAUCCGCCUCCUCUACCUUCUUCUGCCGAUCUCUUCUCCCCCGCAGAGACAACCGAUCUCUUGGGCUUCCUGGACAACUUUGGUGAACUCAAUCAUUGGGAAUUUAACAACACCGGCAACGAUUAUAUCACUCAAGAAGCACUGCCCUCCCUUUCAUAUGACUACGCCGUCCCCACAUCCCUAGCGCCUUACUCAAAUCCCCACCUCAACACCGCUCCGGAUCCAUCUACGUCUAAUCGACAAAGACCGAAUACCCGUUCAGGCUCAUCAAGGGGUAACUUACACACACCCGAUGACUCCAACAAUACCCACUUUGAGCAGCAGCGCCCCGCUAGCCAAGCCCGGAGUACCACAUCAGAAUCAUCUCCAUCCUCCUUUACCAACGCCGGCUCAGAGUCGCGCCGAUCAACCUCUGCAGCACCCCGAUCCAAACCCCUGCUCUCCAGCCCGCAAAAGAGGCUAAAUCACAUCAUGUCAGAGCAGAAACGGCGCAAUGCCAUCCGAGACGGAUAUGCGCAGCUUAUCGCGCUCCUGGCCCCUGCGGGCUCAGCGCCUGGUCUUGGGAUGCCCACGCGCGGUAGGCCAAAGGGGAGUGGGAGCAGAGGGAAGGGACAGAGUAAAGGAAAGAGUGGGGUGUUGUUCCGGGCGGUCGAAUAUUGUCGUUGGCUGGAGGAGGGUCGCGACGCGUUACGCGACGAGGUGUUGCGAUUAGAGACGACAGCUGGGAUUCGCCAUUCAUGA